AUGGUUUCUCUAUCGUCGUCGAGGUCCCAUAACCGCUACCAUGUCCGUUCCAUUAGCUUCCCUGGCAGGUCACAUCCUAGCACAAUCAAGAUUGAACAAGUGCUGAACAAGAUCAAGACUUGGGAGGCAUCAUCUUCUUCUUCAAAGGCAGAAAAGGUCUACAAGGUUCUUCCUGGCCUUGUGGAAUUGUAUGAGUGCAUAGAAGAACUUCUUGCACUGCCCAUCACUCAAAGGGAUCUUCUCCAGCAUCACCAACAUGAAAAUCUGGUCAAUGAGUUGCUGGAAAGAUCUGUAAGAUUCAUUGAUAUCUGCAGCAAUGCAAGAGAAACAGUCAUGAUGUCCAAAGAAGCCAUCCGGGAACUCCAGUCGGCCCUUAGGCGAAGCAAGGCAGGAGAUCAUCUGAACAUUGAGAGUGGGGUUGCUGCUUAUGCCUGCUCCAGAAGGAAGAUACAGAAGGAAAUCGAGAAGUCCCUCGCGAUGUUAAAGCAGAUAGAAAGCUGCAGAAUGGUUUCCAAUUCAGAUUCUCUCAUAGUUGGAGUCCUCACAGAGGCAAGCCUUGUCUCCAUUUCUACAUUCCAAUCCCUGCUACUGUUUCUUUCAGUGCCAAUCCUGAAACCAAAGCCUAGUAGAUGGUCAUUGGUCUCCAAGCUGGUGCAGAAAGGCGCAUUAUUGGCCAAUGAUCAGGCAAAAAGGGACAGCCUUAGUGAUCUGGAGAAAGUAGAUAUCGCGCUGAACGAUUUGCUUCUCAAUAACCAUGGCAAACAAGAAGAAGCAGAAAAGCUUGAAUUGGCACAAAGCAGGCUGGAGACUCUGGACACUAGCAAUGAAAUUCUUGAAAAUGGGUUGGAGCAUUUGUUCAAACACUUGAUCCGCACAAGAGUGUCUCUCCUAAACAAUCUUUCUGAUUAG